AAUAGGAAACAUGGCCAUGGGAGAUUUCAGUGACUGAUAAAUUCAACACACAACAGCAAAUCCAGGACAGUUUCUGGACAAAAUGUGUAUCCUUUAAUGAUAACGCUAAACUUCCAUGCUGGGCAGACAGCUGACUCCUGACUGUCUUGCCUGCUUGCACACUGUCUGCUUCUGGCCUUCUUCAGUUUGACCCCUCCCCUCCAUGCUUCUGUUUUGAACUCUGACUUCUUAUCCUCCAGGUUUGUUUCCCCCGCUAGGCCAGAGAAGACAGCAAAAAUGGUGAGAAAGUCCUGCAGGUACAGGGGUUAUUUUGCAGCAGAGGACAGGUUGGCUGCAGCAGCCUGAGAGGUAGCGUGGGGGCUCAGAUCUGCUGGAGGCUUGCUAGAGUUAAUAAAGGACUGGAUGCCUUCUCUGGAGGUUGGGGGUCUGUGGGAGCGCUAAGAAUGUAAUGGCUUUUCCUGCCAAACAGAAGCCCACUUUUCAAGGUUUCUGAGGAAUGCGGAGUAUUUACCGGGUCAGAGUCCAGCCUGAGUUGAGCCCAGAUUGCCAUCUCAGGGGUGUGUGUGUGUGUGUGUGUGUGUGUGUGUGUGUGUGUGUGUGUGUGUGUGUGUGUAUAAGCAGCUGACCCUGGGAGGGGUUGAUUCAUUCAGUCCAGCCAUCCACACAGCUACUGUGGGUCAGAAACAGGGGACAAAUAAGUUCCAGAGGAGAGGAGAGGCCCUCCGGCAUAAGCUGCUUCUGAGAGAAGGUACCAGGCUGGGGGCUGGCAGGGAGGGUCCUGGCUCUCGAUAAAAACAACUCUAUUACAACUUGGAUGACUCUGUGAAGCUAGCUGGGCCAGCAGAUCAGUGAGCCUGAGCUUCAUGCUGGUCCAUUCUAGAUGCUGAACAGUGGCCCUCCGUUAGUCCCUCCCCGUCUUGUUCUGUCUCUGCUUUCAUUCCGCUCUCCCAGCAAGGCCUCAAGUCUCCGCCUCCAUUCCUGCUGUGCUCCUAAUCCACAGAGUCACAGCUCACAGCGCUGGAGUGAUUGGGCAGAGAUCAGGCUAGCUCUCCGGGGGCCUGGGAAUCUCACCUGUGUUCAUCUGCCCUGCAGGAUGCAGUCGUGGAACCUGCCCUGGCUGGGCCUGGGCCCAGUGCUGGCCUCCUCAUGGCAUCUUCUGCUGCUCUUCGGGGCUUCUUGGCUCGUGGCGAGAAUUCUGGCCUGGGCUUACUCCUUCUAUGAGAAAUGCGCCCGCCUCAGAUGCUUCCCUCAGGCCCCUAAGCGGAACUGGUUUUUGGGUCAUUUGGGCACGAUCCAGAACAAUGAGGAAGGCAUGCAGCUGGUGACUGAAAUGGGCAAGACCUUCCGAGAUGUCCAACUCUGUUGGCUGGGACCUGUCAUCCCUGUGCUGAAGUUUGUUGACCCUGCAUUUAUUGCCCCCCUGCUCCAUGCCCCAGCUUUGGUGGCCCCCAAGGACAUGACUUUCUAUGGCUUCCUGAAGCCCUGGCUGGGGGAUGGGCUCUUUCUGAGUUCUGGUGACAAGUGGAGCCGCCAUCGCCGUCUGCUGACGCCCGCCUUCCACUUUGACAUCCUGAAGCCCUAUGUGAAGAUUUUUAACAAGAGUGUGAACAUCAUGCACGCGAAGUGGAAGCAUCUGGCUGUAGAAGGCAGCAUCCGUCUGGAAAUGUUUGAGAACAUCAGCCUCAUGACCUUGGACAGUCUGCAGAAAUGCCUCUUUGGCUUUGACAGCAACUGUCAAGAGUCUCCCAGUGAAUACAUUGCUGCCAUAUUGGAGCUCAGCGCCCUGGUAGCAAAAAAGUACCAGCAGGUCUUCUUGUACAUGGACUUCUUGUACUAUCUCACUGCUGAUGGGCGGCGCUUCCACAAAGCCUGUGAUCUGGUGCACAACUUCACAGAUGCUGUCAUCAAGGAGAGACGCCGCACCCUCAAUAGCCAGGGUGUUGAUGAAUUCGUGAAGGCCAAGGCUAAGUCCAAGACUUUGGACUUCAUUGAUGUGCUCUUGAUGGCCAAGGAUGAACAUGGAAAGGAGCUGUGUGAUGAGGACAUCCGGGCAGAGGCUGACACCUUCAUGUUUGGAGGCCAUGACAUCACAGCCAGUGCACUCUCCUGGAUCCUGUACAACCUGGCGAGACACCCGGAAUACCAGGAGCGCUGCCGGCAGGAGGUGCGGGAGCUUCUGAGGGACCGUGAGCCUGAGGAGAUUGAAUGGGAGGACCUGGCUCAGCUGCCCUUCCUGACCAUGUGCAUCAAGGAGAGUCUGCGGCUGCAUCCUCCCGGUACAGACCUGGUCCGGGGCUGCAUCCAGGACAUCGUGUUGCCUGAUGGUCGAGUCGUCCCCAAAGGCAGCGCAUGUGUCAUCAGCAUUUUCGGAGUUCAUCACAACCCUUCAGUCUGGCCAGACCCUGAGGUCUAUGACCCCUUCCGCUUUGACCCAGAAAACCCUCAGAAGAGGUCACCGCUGGCUUUUAUUCCCUUCUCUGCCGGGCCCAGGAACUGCAUAGGACAGACUUUCGCCAUGAGCGAGAUGAAGGUGGCGCUGGCGCUCACCCUGCUGCGCUUCAGCCUCCUGCCCGACGACGAGGAGCCGCGUCGGAAGCCGGAGCUGAUCCUGCGCGCAGAGGGCGGGCUGUGGCUGCGGGUGGAGCCGCUGAGCGAGGGCGUGCAGAGACCCCCACACCUAGCCUAGGACCUCCUCACCCACCCACCUGCCUUUGCGGAUCCCUGAAUAAUCAGUCUCACUGAGUGCCAGCAGUGGGUCCGGAGGAAAACAGAUCCUGUUGGUGUGUUGGGGGAGAGGCUGGGUAGGUGUCUCUGAUCCAGAUUCCCACUGCCUUUGUUCACCAUUGACCUUCUAGGGUGAUGAGAGUUCUUCUCGAGCUUAAGUAAGGGGUUUUAUUAAAAAUAAUUUUUAUU